CCCUAAUUCUAAAUACACACAACGAAAUGCGAAAAUUUGAAAAUAAAAUCACGCAGGUCCGAUAAUUCAGGAAUCGGGAUACUGCUAUAUUUACCUGAUUAACCCUAAAAAAAAUGAGAUAAUUAGUAAAAGUAAUCAACAAAAGAAUUCAAACCGUGACAUAAGAUUUUUUCAUGCGAAUGAAAAUCCACGUGACACUCCUCAGACUACGCCCUACAGCCUCCAACUAACUCCCCUGAAAACUCCAACAAAUUGCUUUCAUCUUCACCUACUUAAAUGAACAGUAUAAACAUCAUAUACUACUAUAUAGAGAGAGAACGAGAUAGUGGAGGAGAGAGAAAAUGGAGGCACCAUUGUUGAACGACGUCGUCGGCAAUGAGAGAUCGGAGGCACGAAACGAUGGCGUUGUAGUCGGAGACGCCGGAGAUUACGCAGAUGUGAAUAGCGUGAAAGAGGCGGCGUCGGUGUUCUGGAUUGAAUCAUUGAAGUUAUGGAAGAUUGCUGCUCCAUUGGUGUUUAACAUACUUUGUCAGUACGCUAGUAAUUCUCUCACUAACAUUUUUGUAGGUCAUCUCGGCGAGCUUGAACUCUCUGCUGUAUCUAUUUCUCUCUCUGUUAUCGGCGCUUUCUCCUUCGGAUUCAUGCUUGGUAUGGGGAGUGCACUUGAGACAUUGUGUGGCCAAGCCUUUGGAGCAGGGCAAGUUUAUAUGCUUGGAAUUUACAUGCAACGCUCCUGGAUUAUUUUAUCGAUCAGCUGUCUUGUACUCUUGCCAAUUUACAUCUUCGCUGCACCAAUGUUAAUAUUUUUAGGACAGGACCAUGCUAUUGCUAAUCUUGCUGGACAAUUCACGCUCCUUACCAUACCACAGUUAUUCUCACUGGCUUUCAAUUUUCCAACUCAAAAGUUUCUGCAAGCUCAAAGCAAGGUUGAUGUACUGGCUUGGAUUGGAUUUAUUGCUCUAAUCGAACAUGUUGUCCUCCUCUAUCUUUUCAUUUCUGUAUUUGGUUGGGGUCUGCUGGGGGCUGCAGCAGCUUUCAACAUCACAAGCUGGAUGAUUACAAUUGCCCAAGUGGUUUAUGUUAUUGGCUGGUGCAAGGAUGCUUGGUCAGGGUUCUCAUGGUUGGCUUUCAGCGAGAUGUGGGCUUUUGUAAGACUUUCAGUUGCCUCUGCUGUGAUGCUUUGCCUUGAACUCUGGUAUAUGAUGAGCAUCACACUCCUUGCUGGUCACCUUGCAAAUGCUGUGAUUGCUGUGGGGUCCCUUUCUAUCUGCAUGAAUGUGAAUGGAAUAGAAGCUAUGAUAUUCAUUGGUAUAAAUGCUGCUAUAAGUGUUCGUGUAUCAAAUGAACUCGGGUUGCAGCAUCCAAGGGCAGCAAAAUAUAGUGUCUAUGUUACAGUUUUCCAGUCCCUCCUCAUCGGGCUUUUGUGCAUGGUCCUCAUCCUUGUUGCGAGAGACUCUAUUGCUGUUAUUUACACUGAUAGCAAAGAAUUGCAGCAAGCAGUUUCUAAAUUAGCUUGGCUUCUUGGAGUGACAAUGGUUCUUAACAGUGUGCAACCUGUCAUUUCAGGCGUUGCUGUUGGAGGGGGAUGGCAAGCUCUUGUGGCAUAUAUAAACCUAGCUUGCUAUUAUGUAUUUGGGCUCCCUCUUGGAUACAUUCUUGGCUAUGUAGCUGAUUAUGGAGUUAUGGGUAUUUGGGUGGGCAUGAUAGCUGGAACUAUAUUGCAGACCUUAAUUCUACUCUUCAUUUGCUACCGAACAAACUGGACAAAAGAGGUGGAGGAAACAACUAGCCGGAUGCGGAAGUGGGGUGGCCAGGACAUCAAGGCAGAUAAGAUCGUUAACAACACUUGACUUCCUGGUGACUUACUAGUCUAUAGAGUAUCUGCUUUCCGAUCUCUCUUGCCAACGUUACGUUCCCCAAAAGGAUAGCGAGACACUAUACCAGUGAGAGACAUAGUUUGUCACGGUAACGUGACUUUACUAUAUUUCUACUUAUUUUCCAAGCUUAUUUAUAGUGUUCCAAAGCAUUCUUUUGAUGGACGAUUGCUCAUUUAUCAAUGGCAUUGCUUGUAUAGAAAUCCCAGCAAGAUGGUAUUGGAAAAUAUUUUGCACUUUUUGCAGCAGAUAUGGAAUCAAUUUCUUGUUGAUCUCUUUA